AUGGCGACCGAACAGCGUAUUCCCCUCAGGGAGCGUAGGCCCUCGACCUCUGCUCCAAUCGUGGACAUUGUUGGGUCCGUCGGCCCGGCUGGAAUCUCUCGGCCCAAGCACAAGCGGACUUACACCGGGUUCGGUGCUGGCGAUGUCAAAAGUGUAGAAGCUUCGAUCCCCGAGCCGCAGAGGGAGGCCUGGACCAAACACCAAGUCAAGGGUUUCACCGACGCAGACGGCUUUGAGAAGGAGGUUGUCCGCCAUGUCGAAACCUCCCUGGCCCGCAGCUUGUUCAACUGCGACGAAGGCGCCGCGUAUUCAGCUGCCGCCCUGGCCUUCCGCGACCGUCUCAUCACCGAAUGGAACAAGACGCAGCAGCGCCAGACAUUCUCCGAUACCAAGCGUGUUUACUACCUCAGUCUGGAGUUUUUGAUGGGCCGCGCGUUUGACAACGCUAUACUCAACCUUGGCCUCAAGGACGUCGCAAAGGAGGGCCUGACGGAACUAGGCUUCCGCAUCGAAGACAUCAUUGAGCAGGAGCACGAUGCUGCUCUGGGCAAUGGUGGUCUCGGCCGACUUGCUGCCUGUUUCCUCGACAGUCUUGCUUCUCUCGACUACCCUGCUUGGGGCUACGGUCUGAGAUACCGAUACGGUAUCUUCAAACAGGAGAUCAUCAAUGGCUACCAGGUUGAGGUACCCGACUACUGGCUCGACUUCAACCCCUGGGAGUUUCCUCGACACGAUGUCACUGUUGAUAUCCAAUUCUAUGGCAGCGUCCGCAAGUCGCAGGACGAAAACGGCAAGUCCGUCGCCCACUGGGAGGGCGGCGAGAUCGUGACGGCUGUUGCCUAUGAUGUCCCCAUCCCAGGAUAUGCUACUCCCUCCACCAACAACCUGCGGUUGUGGUCCAGCAAGGCCUCGAGCGGGGAGUUUGACUUCCAAAAGUUCAACAACGGAGAGUAUGAGAGCUCAGUCGCUGACCAGCAACGAGCUGAGACCAUCAGCGCGGUUCUCUAUCCCAAUGACAAUCUCGACCGAGGAAAGGAGCUGCGGCUCAAGCAACAGUAUUUCUGGGUGGCCGCGUCACUGCAUGACAUUGUCCGCCGCUUCAAGAAAUCCAAGCGCCAGUGGAGUGAAUUCCCUGACCAGGUGGCCAUUCAGUUGAACGAUACCCACCCAACCCUUGCCAUCGUUGAGUUGCAACGGAUUCUUGUGGAUAUUGAGGGCCUGGAGUGGGAUGCAGCCUGGAAUAUCGUCACAUCAACGUUUGGCUACACGAACCACACAGUUCUGCCAGAGGCAUUGGAGAAAUGGCCUGUCGGCUUGUUCCAGCACUUGCUUCCGCGACACCUCCAGAUCAUCUACGAUAUCAACCUGUUCUUCUUGCAGAGCGUGGAGAAGAAAUUCCCCGGCGACAGAGAUCUCCUUACCAGGGUCUCCAUCAUUGAGGAGUCUCAACCAAAAAUGGUGCGCAUGGCAUUCUUGGCCAUUGUCGGUUCUCACAAGGUCAAUGGUGUUGCCGAGCUGCACUCCGACCUCAUCCAAACCACCAUCUUCAGGGACUUUGUCAGUAUCUUCGGCGCUGACAAGUUUACCAAUGUCACAAACGGCAUCACUCCGCGUAGAUGGUUGCACCAGGCGAACCCUAGGCUAUCUGAGCUGAUUGCAAGCAAGGCGGGCGGCCACGACUUCUUGAAGGAUCUGACCUUGCUCAACAAGAUUGAAGAGUACGCGGGUGACAAAGAGUUCAAAAAGGAAUGGGCCGAGAUCAAGUAUGCCAACAAGGUCCGUCUGGCUCGAUACAUCAAGCAAACCUUGGACGUAACAGUCAAUCCGGCCGCUCUUUUCGACGUUCAGGUGAAGCGAAUUCACGAGUACAAACGUCAGCAACUGAACAUCUUCGGCGUCAUCCACCGCUAUCUGACGUUGAAGGCCAUGAGUCCCGAGGAGAGGAAGAAACAGCAGCCGCGUGUCUCCAUCUUCGGCGGAAAGGCAGCACCUGGCUACUGGAUGGCCAAGCAGAUCAUUCACUUGAUCAACAAUGUUGGUGCUGUCGUCAACAAGGAUGCCGACAUUGGCGACCUUCUCAAGGUCAUCUUCUUGGAGGACUACAAUGUCAGCAAGGCCGAGAUGAUUAUCCCAGCUUCCGAUCUCAGCGAGCACAUCUCCACUGCUGGUACAGAGGCUUCUGGCACCAGCAACAUGAAGUUCGUCCUCAAUGGUGGGUUGAUCAUCGGCACAUGCGACGGUGCAAAUAUCGAGAUCACCCGGGAGAUCGGACAAGAAAAUAUCUUCCUCUUCGGCACGCUGUCUGAGGACGUCGAGGAACUGCGCCACCAGCACACCUACGGCUCACACAACGUUGAUUCAAACCUGACCAAGGUCUUCGAGGCGAUCCAAAACGGGACAUUCGGCGAGCCUAACGACUUCGGCGCCAUGGUUGCCGCCGUUCGUGACCAUGGCGACUACUACCUUGUGUCGGAUGACUUCCAGAGCUACAUCGACACACAGAAUAUGGUCGACACCGAGUACCGGAACCAGGACGAGUGGGUAACCAAGUGCAUCCGCAGCGUGGCGAGGAUGGGUUUCUUCAGCUCUGACCGUUGCAUCAACGAGUAUGCCGAGGGCAUCUGGAACGUCGAGCCGCUUGCCGUCAAGAACUAA